AUGGCCGAUAAAAUUACGCCUGCCGGCGAUACACACAGGAUGCCAAAAUUAUAUGUAUCAGUGCUUCCAGACCUUGCACGUCUACUUCUCAGUCAGCACUUGCCAUCUGUGGAUGGCAAGACUGUCACUGUUGAUGAAUUUGCCGCUGCAGUAGAAAAAGCAAAGGCAUAUAUUCAUAGCAAGAAAGUUUUUCUUCAACUCCAACUACUUCGACCAGAUUAUGUGCAAUUUCUUGUUGAUCGGGAAGCCUGGGAAACAUUUUGCGGAAAUCCAGCUCAGAAAGACAGCCCAAACUACAGACCCUUUCCAAGAGAAGAUCCUCGAAUUGAGAAUCCUCUUCCUCAGUAUUUUGACCCUAACCGUCUUACGCCCGAUAGUUAUGGCCUCAUCUAUCGCGAUAAUUUACAUCCAGAUUGUCCUAACUGCACCUGUGGCACCAUUUCCCGAAGGAACUCCGAGAAACAAUACAUUUACAAAGAUGGGGGUGCUCGAAUGACAACACCUAAAGAUGAAUACUCUGCUUAUCAGGACGAGCUUGAUGAGUUUCGUGAGAGACUUGAAGCUAAGUCUAAAAAACUAGGCUAUAAAGACGCUGAUGAUCGGUGGGAGAAGGAGUGUGAGAUUCAACAGGCUAAGGAAGAUGAGAGGAUCAGAAUUGAGGGCGAUUCAAAGUCAAAGUCUGAUCUAGAGGCAAUCAAGAUCAAUGAAUUGGAUGUUAUGGAGAAUGCAGAAGAGUCAAAGGCAAAGGGAAAGGCGGAUCUAGAGGCAAUCGAGAUCGUGGAGAUGGAUAUACUAGAGAACGCAGAAGAACCAAAGGAGCCAGAGACAAAGACAAAGGCUACUACAAGAAAGAUGAAAGUUAAGAGCGCCAAAAAGCUUUGCUCAGGUUGUUUCUGCAUGUAG